AUGCCUCCCCCUGCUCUCCUUCGGGGGCUCUCUGGUGAGGUUGAGGAGGUUUUUCAGCCGAAGCCCACGAGCUUCCGCGGUUUGGUGGGCGGCGCCUUGCAGAGGGUGAAGGGGAUCUUCCGCCGCAGCAGCAGCAGCAGUGCCACCACAGAAGACGAUGAAGAGGUCACAGUGGAAGCAAUCGGGGAAUGCGAGGAUGCGGCCGUGAACCCGGAGAGCCAGGCAGCCUCUUUGCAGGGCGAUUUUCGGAUGCUGCCGCCCAGUGCUUGGCAGAUGUUGCACGCACGCUUCUGCGAGCCAAAGAGCGAGCAGGAGACGUCUGAGUUCAGCACAGCUCCUACAGCUGCCGCCUCCGAGAUUCCUCAUAUUCCUCACGGGCAGGCUGCAGAUGGGGCUGGCCUGGAGAUAGACAUGCCCAUGGGCACUGAUUCUUGGCCUGUGGACGCCCGAUCUCCGGCUUCAACCGAAGCGGCACCGUCGCCGGAGAGCGACUGGUGGCUGGCCUUCUGCGUCGCAGUGCGGCAGAACCUUUGCUGCGCCCGCGUGCGUUGA